UGUUACAAUGGCCCGAGGAAGUUUUGUUUCUCUAGCAAUUUUAAUUGACUGGAUAGUAUUGUUGCUAUUUUGCUGCAAAGCAAGUUUAGCUUCAAAUGCAGCAGAAGCUGAGGCCUUGCUCAGAUGGAAAGAUAGUCUUGGAAACCAAUCCAUUCUCCAGUCGUGGGUCGCCCCAGCAAAUGCCAAUUCAAGUACCCCAAGUCCAUGCCAGUGGCGUGGAAUAACUUGUGAUGACGCGGGAAAUGUAACUCAAAUAAAUCUUCCGAACGUGGGCUUGACAGGUACCCUGCAAUACUUAGAUUUCUCUUCUUUAACAAAUCUUCUUCGACUUGAUCUUAGAGAAAAUCAACUUACAGGAACCAUUCCAUCUAGCAUUGGAACUCUUUACAAACUCCAAUAUCUUGAUCUUGCCACAAAUUUUCUUUAUGGUACUCUACCUCUUUCUCUUGCUAAUCUUACUCAGGCUUAUGAGCUUGACUUUUCUCGAAACAACAUAACUGGCAUAAUAGACCCACGGUUAUUCCCUGAUGGGUCAGCCGCGAACAAAACUGGCCUUGUUAGCCUAAAAAAUUUCCUCCUUCAAACUACUGGGCUUGGAGGUCGAAUUCCUGAAGAAAUAGGAAAUUGUAAAUUUCUGUCCCUUCUAGCUCUAGAUGAGAAUCGUUUUCACGGACCUAUCCCUUCAUCUUUAGGUAACUCGAGUGAGUUGACCGUUCUACGGCUUUCCAACAAUCUUCUUUCAGGAAACAUCCCACCAAAUAUAGGUACUUUGAGCAAGUUAACUGACUUGCGCUUGCUCACGAACCAAUUGUCUGGUUUCGUGCCUGCAGAAUUAGGCAACCUUUCAUCAUUAACUGUUCUACACCUGGCCGAGAAUAACUUCACAGGCCAUUUGCCGCAGCAAGUGUGCCAAGGUGGAAAGCUUGUCAACUUCAGCGCCGCCUUUAACAAUUUCUCUGGUCCAAUCCCGGCAAGCCUAAAAAAUUGCCACACCUUAUAUAGAGUUAGGCUUGAACACAACCAACUGUCGGGGUUUCUAGAACAAGAUUUUGGAGUGUAUCCAAACCUCACUUAUAUUGACCUAAGUUUCAACAGGGUAAGAGGCGAGCUGUCACCCAAAUGGGGAGAGUGCAAGAAACUGACUGUUCUGAGAGUCGCUGGAAAUUUGCUUGGUGGUAAAAUCCCUGAUGAGGUUGUUCUGCUAAACCAACUAAGAGUGAUUGACCUCUCUUCAAAUCAAAUUUUUGGAGAGUUGCCAGCACAACUUGGAAAAUUGUCCAACCUGUUGGUUCUAAAUCUGAAAGAUAACAUGCUUUCAGGACAGGUGCCAGUGGGAAUUGACGGCCUGUCCAGCUUGGAGAAUCUAGACCUCUCUUUGAACAUGCUAAGCGGGCCAAUUCCAUAUCAAAUUGGAGAAUGCUCUAAACUUCGAUUUUUAAGCUUGGGCAGGAAUAGGUUAAAUGGGACAAUCCCCUAUCAAAUCGGAAAUCUUGUAGGUUUACACGACUUGCUAGAUUUGGGCUAUAAUUUGCUUUCUGGAGGGAUACCCUCUCAGCUCGCAAAGCUUACAAGUUUGGCGCAGCUGAACUUGUCCCACAAUAAUCUCAGUGGUUCAAUUCCUGCAUCUCUCAGCAACAUGUUGAGCUUGGUUGCUGUCAACUUUUCAUACAACAAUUUAGAAGGUCCACUUCCUGAUAGCAGCAUCUUUCAUUUAGUUGAGCCGAAUUCAUAUAGUAACAAUAGAGACUUGUGUGGUGAAGUUCAGGGUUUGAGACGCUGCACCAUUAGAGCCAAUGAAAAGGGUGGGGGGGAUAAAAAAAGCAAACUUGUUAUUAUUGUUGCUUCGAUAACAAGUGCCUUGUUUCUUUUACUCGCAUUGGUUGGUAUUAUUGCAUUUCUCCACCAUCGGAACUCCAGAAAUGUCUCAGCACGUGAAAGCAGAUCAAGGAGGGAAAUUCCCUUACCAAUAUGGUUUUUUAAAGGGAAAAUUGCGUACGGAGAUAUCAUUGAAGCUACAAAGAACUUUGAUGACAAGUACUGCAUUGGGGAGGGAGGAACCGGAAAGGUUUAUAAAGCAGAAAUGUCAGAUGGUCAAGUGUUUGCAGUGAAAAGGCUGAAUUAUCUGGUUCAAGACGAAGAGAUUGAGACUACAAAAAGCUUUAGCAAUGAGGUUGAAGCUUUAACAGAAUUACGCCAUCGCAACAUAGUGAAACUCCAUGGAUUUUGUUCUCAAGGAAGGCACGCAUUCUUGAUUUAUGAAUUUUUGGAGAGGGGUAGUUUGGCUGGCAUGCUAAGCGAUGAAGAAGGAGCCAGGGAGUUGGAUUGGGGAAAAAGGAUAGCGGUUGUUAAGGGCAUAGCUCAUGCUUUAUCUUAUAUGCAUCAUGAUUGUGUUCCACCUAUAGUUCAUCGAGACAUAUCAAGCAAUAAUGUCUUACUGAACUCUGAACUUGAGGCUCAUGUUUCUGAUUUUGGCACGGCAAGGUUUCUGAAGCCUGAGUCAUCAAAUUGGACAGCAAUUGCAGGCACCUAUGGAUAUAUUGCUCCAGAGCUUGCUUACACAAUGGAAGUGAAUGAGAAAUCCGAUGUUUAUAGCUUUGGGGUGUUGGCAUUCGAAGUUCUGAUGGGAAAGCAUCCAGGGGACCUCAUUUCCUAUCUACAUUCAUCUGCUAAUCAAGAAAUCCACUUCGAAGAUGCGUCAGAUCCCCGUCUCUCACCUCCUGCAGAACGAAAAGCUGUUGAUCUAUUGUCCUGUAUCAUAACUCUUGCUCGUUUAUGUGUAUGUGUUGACCCUCAAUCUCGACCAACCAUGCGAACUGUGUCUCAGCAGCUCGAAAUGAAGGCUGCUGGUUCCGAAUAAUUAGUCUGCCUGUCGAUCGGCAUGCUUACGCAGAUCCAUGUUUAAUGUCUUUUGUUUUUUCAAGAAGACUCCUUCAAAUAAUAAUAAAUAUAUAUAUUUUCA